GUGGCGAUAGCAUUAUCUUACGUGUUCACGUUUCAGAAUUACAGUUUUAUCGUGUCUUCCGCAAUUGCACAAAUCAGACUUCCAGCUAUAUUAAGAAAAUUCGAUAAUAGACAAUAUUUUUUGACAUUCGACUCCUUUAAAUUUAAUAACAGCACAUGGGAAUAAACGCUGAUAAGCACUGAGUCGACACUAUCGCUGGUUUAUAAUAGAGAGCCAUCAACUUUGGCGGAAGUAAUUGAAGGAAAUUCAACUGUUUUUACGUUUUCCGCUUUUGUCUAGAACUUAAACGGAAAAAUCACACGAAAUACAGGACAGGCGUCGAGCACGUGGACGACGAAGCCGACUCAACCGGCAGCCGCGAGUCACGCGAGAUACGGAUCCGUUCAGUCUGGCUGACUCGAAUUCCGCGCCGAUCAUCGAGGCGGCCGUGUCACGUGACUGUAGAGCCGGUCGAGCGCGCAGGGCAGACAAACCGAGAUUAUAAAUAGGCGGCAGCAAGGCGCGGGGAGUCUCUUUCACUUCCCGCUACGUUCUACAGCGCGUUCGCCUGUUCGUUCCGAUCAUUACGCGGUGUGCCGUGUGCCUGUGUGAAGCCUCAUCACAAUUCACACCGCUCUUCCUCUCACGCACGCUGUCGCUCACUCGUGUCCAACUAUAACGCAAGCCCGCAAUCUUGCAAGGCUCGUGAGAGAUAAUCUCGGAAGAUUAUAAUAGAGCGAAGUGCGUAUAACACAACUACAAGAAGACACGUGGAGGAAUAUUUCGGUCAAGCUAGGCUCCGCUAAGCGACAGUGUUACGGAGCUCACGAGUGGCUUGAAACGCUACGACACGACGACAACGGCGGCGACAACCCCGAAACGCAGGAAAAUGCCGGAAACCGCGCACCACAUGAACGGCUAUGCGAACGGCCACGCGCCACCCGAGUUGCAGCAGGACACCACUUUCUUGUUCACCUCAGAAUCGGUUGGCGAAGGACAUCCAGAUAAAAUGUGUGAUCAAAUAAGCGAUGCCAUUUUGGAUGCACAUCUAAUACAAGAUCCCGAUGCUAAAGUGGCAUGCGAAACUGUGACAAAAACUGGAAUGAUACUUCUAUGCGGAGAAAUUACAUCAAAGGCUGUAGUAGAUUAUCAAAAGAUUGUUCGAGAUACAGUAAAGCACAUUGGUUACGACGACUCUUCAAAAGGAUUCGAUUGGCGUACGUUGAACCUUUUGGUGGCGAUCGAACAACAAUCCUCAAAUAUCGCGGAUGGUGUCCAUAUGGACAGGCAAGAGGUGGACGUGGGUGCCGGUGAUCAGGGUCUAAUGUUUGGGUAUGCAACGGAUGAAACUGACGAAUGUAUGCCAUUGACAGUUGUAUUGGCACACAAACUGAAUCAGAAAAUUGCCGAAUUAAGACGAAGCGGAGAACUAUGGUGGGCUCGUCCAGAUUCUAAAACACAGGUAACCUGCGAGUACAUCAUGGAUCACGGAGCCUGUGUACCUAUAAGAGUUCAUACUGUUGUGGUCUCAUUGCAACAUAGUGAGAAAAUCGGUCUAGACGAACUGCGUAAGGCUAUCAUGGAGAAGGUUAUCAAGGAAGUGAUACCAGCGAGAUACCUUGAUGACAGAACAAUCUUUCAUGUGAAUCCUUGCGGACUUUUCAUCAUUGGCGGACCACAGAGCGACGCUGGCCUUACUGGACGAAAGAUCAUUGUCGACACAUACGGGGGUUGGGGAGCGCAUGGUGGUGGUGCGUUUUCCGGCAAAGACUUUACGAAAGUGGACAGAUCAGCCGCAUACGCUGCAAGAUGGGUUGCCAAGUCUUUGGUGAAAGCCGGUCUCUGCAGGCGUUGUCUCGUACAGGUUUCCUAUGCCAUUGGAGUAGCGGAACCGUUAUCAAUCACAGUUUUUGAUUAUGGCACAUCCUCACGCUCCCAGAACGAGCUUUUAGAUAUAGUAAACAAAAAUUUCGAUCUACGACCUGGAAAGAUCGUCAAAGAAUUGAAUCUUCGUAAUCCUAUUUAUCAACAAACCAGUACGUAUGGUCACUUUGGACGAGACGGUUUCACAUGGGAGCAACCAAAAAAGCUAAUUCUCGAUUGAUGAGAGAAUAGAUUUUAAGUUGGUCUUGACGUUUUUCGAUUUAGAUGUUCGAUAAAACGUCUCCUGUCUCCUCUCUCAUUCUAAUUCUCUCUACCUUUCUCUCAGUAACGGUGUUAUCUCAAAUAAAAAAUAUCGUCCGAGAUUCUUCAAUCUCCAUACCGCGAUUACCACCGAGUCUACCGGUUCCUCAUGCCAAUAUUU